CUGAGGGGAGAGCAUGAGGGGGUGUUGAGGAGGAGGAGGAGAGUCUGAGAACCGGCUUAAAACAGUGAGAACGUCGGGCUGUUGUGAGCAAAGAGUGAGGGCAGCCAGAGUGUGAACAACGGACAAGGAGAUUUCAACCCACCAGCACAGAGAAGAGAUGGCGUCACUGCAGAGGAUCCUGGCGACACUUCUCGUUUUUGCCCCGCCUGUGAUUCAUGACAGCUUUUUCAGUUCUGCUGCAUCCACUUCCCCGCCCACCACUCGACAUCAAAUUGUAUUCAUGACUGACUUGGACCUCAGCUAUGACUAUGGGGAUACUUCUGAUGAGGAUCACAGCCCUGACCUUGAAGUCCGAUCCUCCGUAAGGACUCCAGUUUUUGCUGGGAAGCCUGAAUACUGCAAGUACAACCCCUGCUUGGAGGAUCAGGAACCCUGCGAUCUACUUGCAACGAAUUCUGGGUGCCUUUGUCCUGGGAUGAGUGGGUCUGACGUACCUCCUUAUCCACCUGUCAUUAAUGGGCUUCGUCCUGUCACUGAUGGAGAUAACAGAGCAAAGAUCGAGGUACAGUGGUGUGCACCCUCCUCUGAGGUGAUUUCUUACAGAAUUGUAAUUGAGGGGACAGACAUUCCCGCUCUGGAAGUUGGGAAAGCUUCGCGGAAAGGUUUGGUGGACUCUCUGGAGGUGGGCACAAAGGUGUGCGUGGAAGCCGUGAACAAUGCUGGACACAGCAGGCCCUCAGAGUUCUCCUGCAAGAGAUACGACCACUCUGGGUCUUCAGGGCAUGGACUGCUUGCCUUGGUCAUAGGUGGGGGAGUUGGUCUCCUCCUACUUCUUGUUGUAACAUCUGUGAUUUUCUGGAAACUUCAGAUGUGCAGAAAGGCAAAGAGACAUUCUUCUAGUGGGAUCGGGAACACAUUAAAUAACACUGGAGGACAUCAGUGAGACAAAAGGAGCAAGGACAAUUUACCCAACCGCGUGGAACAGAACAACAUGAUCAUAAGAAAUUCUGUUCUUCGCUACUUACAGAAUAUAUUGAGUUGUUUAGACUCCUGUUCUAAGGAGAUUGUAUAAAACCUAGUGACUCAUCAAAAAACACUAACAAAAACUGUGUUUUGUUUUUUUUUUGGGGGGGGGGGGGGGGUUAAAACGACAGGUUUGUUUGCUGGCAGAUUAACCUUUGUGCGUUUAUUAUUGUAGUUUUUAAGUUGUCUCAUAAUUUAUGUUGUACAUAUUCAUAUAGUGGCUACCUAAAAGCAUUGAAUUAAACUUGACGUUAAAAAUGCUUUGAUGUCCUUGGUAAAGUGAUGUGAUUUCACCCUGUUGUGUGUGUGUGUUUGUGUUUGUGUGUGUCUGAGUAAGGGCUGGACACCAAUUUACGAUUGUAAUCAUUUUUAUCUUCCUCCCAUUACUUUCUCAGACUACAACAGAUUUUUUAAACUCUUUUUUAACAUCUGUUAUUGGGGAGUUGAGCUAAAUACAUGCUGUAAAUAUAUGGCGCACUG